UUUUGGUGACGUAAUAUGUGGGCUGCACUGGAGUCUACUGAGAAGGAGAGGGAAUCACUGUUCAAGGGUACUGUAUAUACAGGCCGGGUCAGCUGCAGCUCGUUACUGCAUUUCUCCAUGUGGCAGACAGCGCAGGGCCACAGUGCUUUCUCUGCUGGACUGAAGACAGCCCACAGACCAGAACUUCACCACACUACUUAAAAUUACAUAGGUGGCUUGUCAAAUUCAAUUCAUUAGUACUGUAAAAAGAGAAAGAAGUUCCUUAUUAUAGUUUGGCUUCAACGGUCCAAAACAAAAAUGCAGUUGCCAUUAAAGUCACAGAUGAAAAAACUUCUGCACUGAUUUUUAAAAUCAAGAAUAAGGACAGCAAGUUUCUGGAUUUACCUUUUCAGCUGAUACAAGAAGACAUCACUGUACAACCUCAUUUCAAAAUGAAGAGUUUCACCUGGACCCUAGGUGUGCUAUUCUUCCUACUAACGGGUCCUCAACACUGCAGAGGGGGACAGUUCAAAAUAAAAAACAUAACACAGAGGAGAUACCCUCGUGCCACAGAGGGUAAAGAGGAAGUGAAGAAAUGUUCAUACACAUUCCUGGUACCCGAACAAAAAAUAACAGGGCCAAUCUGUGUCAACACCAAAGGGCAAGAUGCAGGUACCAUUAAAGACAUGAUCACCAGGAUGGACCUCGAAAACCUGAAGGACGUGCUCUCUAGGCAGAAGCGGGAGAUAGACGUCCUACAGUUGGUGGUGGACGUCGAUGGGAACAUUGUAAACGAGGUCAAGCUGCUGAGAAAAGAAAGCCGUAACAUGAACUCCCGUGUUACUCAACUCUACAUGCAACUACUACAUGAGAUUAUCCGUAAGAGGGACAAUUCACUUGAACUUUCCCAGUUGGAAAAUAAAAUCCUCAACAUUACCACAGAAAUGUUGAAGAUGGCAACAAGGUACAGGGAACUAGAGGUGAAAUACGCUUCCUUGACUGACCUUGUCAAUAACCAGUCUGUGAUGAUCACUUUGUUGGAAGAACAGUGCUUGAGGAUAUUUUCCCGACAAGACACCCAUGUGUCCCCUCCUCUUGUCCAGGUGGUGCCACAACAUAUUCCUAACAGUCACCAGUACACCCCUGGUCUGCUGGGAGGUAAUGAGAUACAGAGGGAUCCAGGCUAUCCACGAGAUUUAAUGCCGCCACCUGAUCUGGCAACUGCUCCCACUAAAAGCCCUUUCAAAAUACCACCAGUAACUUUCAUCAAUGAAGGACCAUUCAAAGACUGUCAGCAAGCAAAAGAAGCUGGACAUUCAGUCAGUGGAAUUUACAUGAUUAAGCCUGAACACAGCAAUGGACCAAUGCAGUUAUGGUGUGAGAACAGUUUGGAUCCUGGGGGUUGGACUGUUAUUCAGAAAAGAAUAGACGGCUCUGUCAAUUUCUUCAGAAACUGGGAAAAUUAUAAGAAAGGAUUUGGAAACAUUGAUGGAGAAUAUUGGCUUGGACUGGAAAAUAUCUAUAUGCUUAGCAAUCAAGAUAAUUACAAACUGCUGAUUGAAUUAGAAGACUGGAGUGAUAAAAAAGUCUACGCAGAAUAUAGCAGCUUUCGGCUGGAACCUGAAAGUGAAUUCUAUAGACUGCGCCUGGGAACUUACCAGGGAAAUGCAGGGGAUUCUCUGAUGUGGCAUAACGGUAAACAAUUCACCACACUGGACAGAGAUAAAGAUACGUAUGCAGGAAACUGCGCCCACUUUCAUAAAGGAGGCUGGUGGUACAACGCCUGUGCACAUUCCAACCUUAACGGAGUGUGGUACAGAGGGGGCCACUACAGGAGCAAGCACCAGGAUGGGAUUUUCUGGGCUGAAUACAGAGGCGGGUCCUACUCCUUAAGAGCAGUUCAGAUGAUGAUCAAGCCCAUUGACUGAGGAGAGAUCAUUUCCAAUUUAAAGGACAUAGAUUCUCUGUUUUUCAGUUCCUAAAAACGUAAAUGUUACAUGUAUUAAAAAAAAAAGUGCACAAUCUAUUUCUAUAGAUACAGUUUUAAAAAUCAAUUUUGCUGUAACUAAAAAAAGGAGGCUUAUGAAGUUUCAUGUUCCUUCACUAUACUGCAGGAGAUUAUUUGUAUUCAUAUCCUAGUUAUUUUAAAAAUUAUAUUGAUGAAUUACAAAGUGUUUUCUAAAAUGUGAAUAAUGGCCACAAUGUAAAACAAAUACUUGCUUUAUUUUAAAUCAAGACUGAAUACAUGUUCAAGAUAUGUAACAAUUUAUUUAAAAACUAUGAGACUGUUCUAACUUCCAAUGAAAAAAGAAUUUUAAUAUUUCAGCCAAAUAAUGCAUUUUAUUUAUAAAAAUAAAGACAGGAAAUUAGAGAGAACCUCUAGUUUUGC